GGCACGAUAACACAGACUUGUUCAUUUCGUCAGGCUAGAGUGGGCACUUUCACUAGAGAAAAUAAGUUACGCUUAACCAUUGGGAGUUUGGGUGACUAUAACUGUGGCUCCCGAGGCAUGCUUCACGGAUGGACAGUGUCGUGGUGCUUUUGUGAGUGUCUCCUCAGUGCGCGGUGCUCUCCCCUGGCUGAGGUUCGCCGCAGCUGUGGCUUCUCAAUAGGGCUUAUUGUAGCUGCUGUGUAGUAGCGAGCGGCGCAGUCAUCACGCUGAGCGGAGACGUCUGUAGUUCAGGGAUGCUUUUCUGUAUGUUUCCUUGACUUGUGCGUGAAGAAAGCGUCAAAGGGAGCCACGACGUGACUGAAUUCUCCAUCAUUUUAACAAAGAACAUUUACAAUUUAUACGCACGCAAAGGAGCGGGAGGAAAAGGUUGGAGAGCUUCGGCUACAAUCAUUGUCCAGUCCAGUGGUCCUCCCGUCAAUCACUGGUCCGAUGGUCUGCUCUCUUCUGCUACCCGAGCCAGUUCUGAGGGCACUGCACAGCUUUCCGUGAGCUUCUUCUAAAGCCUCAAGAUCUCUGCUGCCCGUUCACUACGGAGGAGUGUAUUUUUUCUAUUUCCUUUUUGUACUUUCGUCCAAAUGAUGCAGAGAGGCUCUGCGGUGUGGAAUGGACUGACUUUAAUGACUAUGCUGUUGCUGGCCCAUUGGGACGUGGGCUGCCGGGGAAUGACACUGAACUCAGUUCCUCUCCGCCCGAUUUCUCAAAGGCCCUUUGGGGGUGGCGUGGACGCGUCUCUUCGCAGGCACAAAAGAAACUGGGUGUGGAACCAGUUCUUCGUUCUGGAGGAGUAUACAGGAGAUGACCUGCUCUAUGUUGGCAAGCUUCACUCUGAUGUAGAUAAUGGUGAGGGGAAAGUCAAAUAUGUGCUGAACGGUGAGGGUGCAUCCUCCAUUUUCACCAUUGAUGAGAAUACAGGUGACAUACAUGCCACCAAACGCCUGGACCGAGAAGAACAAGCCUACUACACGCUUCGAGCUCAGGCCAGAGACCGCGCCACCAACCUGCCCGUCGAACCGGAGUCUGAAUUUGUUAUCAAAGUGCAGGAUAUUAAUGACAACGAACCCAAGUUUUUGGAUGGCCCUUACAAUGCUCAAGUACCAGAAAUGUCACCUGUUGGCACAUCUGUGGUUGAGGUUAAGGCGACUGACGCGGACGACCCCACGUAUGGAAACAGCGCCAGGGUCAUCUAUAGCAUCCUUGAGGGACAACCCUAUUUCUCAGUGGAACCCAAAACAGGCAUCGUGAGGACGGCUCUGCCCAACAUGGACCGAGAAGCACGGGACCAAUACCUGCUGGUGAUCCAAGCCAAAGACAUGGUGGGCCAGAUGGGAGGGCUCUCGGGGACGACGUCGGUGACGGUCACGCUGUCGGACGUUAACGACAAUCCACCCCACUUCUCACGGAAAUCCUAUCAGUUUGCUGUGCCCGAAUCCCUGCCUGUGGCAUCGGUGGUGGCCAAGAUAAAAGCCUUGGAUUCUGACAUUGGACCAAAUGCUGAGAUGGACUACAGAAUUAUAGAGGGCGAUGGCCUUGGGGUGUUCAGGGUCGCGACAGACAAAGAUACCCAGGAAGGAGUCAUAACUCUGCAGAAGAAUCUCGACUUUGAGACAAAGUCAAGCUACACUCUGAAAAUUGAGGCAUCCAACAGGAACAUAGAUCCACGCUUCUUGUCUCAAGGACCGUUCAGCGAUACGGCAAUGGUGAGGGUGACUGUGGAGAAUGUCGAUGAGCCUCCGAUUUUCUCGUCGCCGCUCAGUAAAAUGUUUGUCUCUGAGGCUGCUAAAGUGGGAACCAUCAUAGGGACCGUCUCUGCUCUGGACCCCGAUUCCACCAACAGCCCUAUUAGGUAUUCGAUAGACAGAAACACAGACCUGGAACGAUUUUUCAACAUCGAGGCAGCAACAGGGGUCAUCAGCACAGCGAAAGCAUUAGACAGAGAAGCCAAUGCUGUACACAACAUCACCAUCCUCGCUACUGAAAGUUUGGAUCCAUCACAGGUUGGAAAAGGCGUGGCUCUAAUCACAGUGAUGGACAUCAAUGACAACGCUCCAGUCUUUGCCAUCGAGUAUGAAACCUACCUGUGUGAAAGCGCUGGACCAGGACAGGUCAUUGAAACCAUAAGUGCAGUGGAUAAAGAUGAACCGCCCAGCGGGCAUCGCUUCUUCUUCUCUCUCACCGCAGAGACAGCUGGGAACAUGAACUUCACUCUCAGAGACAAUAAAGAUAAUACCGCUUCUAUCCUAACCAAGCGGAGUGGUUUUCAGAGGAGGGAACAGGCUAUGUAUCGACUGCCUGUGUUGAUCGUGGACAGUGGCACCCCGGCCCUGAGCAGCACUAACACGCUGUCUAUACGAGUGUGUGACUGUGACUCUGAUGGGACCCCCCAGUCUUGUGGUACUGAGGCCUUCAUGCUGUCAGCGGGUCUUAGUACCGGUGCUCUCGUCGCCAUCCUGGCCUGCAUCAUCACCCUGCUUGUGCUGGUGCUGCUGAUCGUGACGAUGAGAAGAAGGAAGAAGGAGCCUCUGAUCCUGGACGAAGACCGGGAUGUGCGGGAGAACAUCGUGCGCUACGACGACGAGGGCGGGGGCGAGGAAGACACGGAGGCUUUUGACAUGGUGGCUUUGAGAAACCUCAACGUCAUGAGGGACAGCAAAACCCGCAGAGACGUCACCCCCGAGGUACCCACCCUGUACUGCUCCCGUCCUCCCCCUUACAAAAUCACCCCCGACAACGGAAUCUUCCGGGACUUUAUAUGGGACCGGCUGAAGGAUGCCGACGUGGAUCCCUCGGCCCCUCCCUACGAUUCCCUGCAGACAUAUGCUUUUGAGGGCAGCGGCUCGGUGGCCGAGUCCCUCAGCUCCCUGGACUCCCUGAGCACAGACUCGGAGCAGAACUAUGACUAUCUGAGCGACUGGGGGCCUCGCUUCAGGAAGCUGGCUGACCUGUACGGCCACGGCGACAGCAGCAAUAUAUUCUCUUCCUAGCUGGGAUUAAAAUUCCUGCCAAGGUCUGCUCAAUCAAGGGCAUAAUGGAAAUGAACAAUGAUCAAGAGAGAACCACUGACUCAUUGAUGCUUGAAAGAGGCGAGCGGAAAAAAGCGGGACGAGUCAAUGUGCGGGGGGAGGGAUAUGUCUGCAGAGAGCAGCGGUUUUGAUAAAGAACAGACAGUGGUGAUUCAACUUUGAAGCACUUCUAUUUAAAAUUGCAGUUAGAUGCCAAGUCUAGACUUGGGGUGUGGUCGCAAACGCUUUAAGAGUGGUCUUCAGCCCAAGAGAAUAAUGGACCGUGGUCUGCAGGGCCACAUGAGCUGGUCCAGGAAUUUCAAUCGUGUAGAAGAGACAUUGGAAGUGCUGUCCUCGUGCUUAUAAAUCUGCCAUACGGCACUGAUGCUUGAAAUAUCAAUGUUUCUGUUCCAUCCCAUGUUUCUAUGACUUGCGGGUUCUUUCGAAAAAACUAAUCGAUAAGAAUUGAACAACCAAUAUCUUUUCCAAGCAUAUUGCAUAGUGAGAAACUGCAAAUGUUGCUUUGUAAAGUAUCCUUUAUGCAUAGCUUCACAUGUGUUAUCUGGCCUUAGUUCCAUACGUACAACGUUUCGGCCAUCACGACGGCUGAAACAUCCUGCAGUUACGCUGACCAAGAUACCAAAAGUCAAACCCGUGGUGAAUAGGCUAUGAAGUAUUGAGCAGGACAGAGCCAAGCGGAUUGAAUCAUUGAAAAUGUAUAGUACUUGCCUUUCAGUUGAGGCUGUCAACCUGAGUUAUUCUGAGAUGUUAUUUUGUAAGUUUGUAGAGAGAACCCUUAUGACAGCCAGGGCUUCCGUCUUUUGUAUCAAGCCUAUUCUUUUUCGGAAAACCUUAAAGGGGUGACAUGUUUUUGUAGUUCUCUAUGCUGUCCUGUGUACAGUUUUUGCAGUGGUUCUUGCUGAAUGUUGUGAGAGCUGUUUUAUUUUAUUUCAAUUUACUUUCAAGCCGGUCUAUUGUUGAUAUAUGAGUGAGUUUGGGUGGAUGUAAAGGAAAAAAGAAUGUAAAGAAGCUAUCCUAAAUAAUAAUAACUGGUGAUGUGUGAAGUGAACCAGUGUAUAAUGACAACGCAGAACUUCAUACAGUAUAUUCAAUGUUUAGCUGUUGUCCAACAGGUUAUUAUGAUUUUCAAUUGUAACAAUAUAAAAUGACAGUAACAGUCUAUGGUAUUAUUCACAUGCUGGGAAGAAAUUUUGUACAGAUUUUUGUAAUAAAGCAAAUUGCAG